AGCCGAAGAUGUCGGCUCAGUCAUGUGAUCAGCUGUGUCCAAUCACAGCUGAUCACAUGGGACAUGUACACUGAUCAUCAGGGCACUGAUGAUCAGUGUGCCCUGAUGAUCAGUGUGGCCUCAGAAGUGCCACCUGUCAGUGUCCAUCAGUGCCAGCUGCCAGUGCUGAACAGUGCCACGUUCCAGUGCCACAUCAAUGCCACAUAUCAGUGCCCAUCUGAGCUGCCUUUCAGUGUCACCCAUCAGUGCCAGGCAGUGCCACCUAUCAAUGCCAAUCAGUACCACCUAUCAGUGCUGCCAAUCAGUGCCACCUAUCAGUGCCAGUCAGUGCCGCAUAUCAGU